AUACACUUAGUAUUCAAAUAGCUCAUCUCAAUUUGACAUAUUGAAUUGAAUUCCAACACAAUUUUUUGCCACUUUUUUUGCAAAUUUCUACGAUUUUAUUUUAAUUCAAGUGCAAAACUUUCUAUAGGCAACUUAGAUGUUAUUUUCUUCCGAAUGGUGCUAUUACGCUGAGAUUUGUAUUUGCAAUGCAAUGCAAUGCAAAUCAUUUUUCAUUUUUCGAAUCAUUUACCUAUCACACAGUUGAACUUUGUUUUCAAUUGAUAGGAACGUUUGUGCCACAAAUGUUCAAUAUAUGUAACAUAAGAAAUUUAAAAUAGAUUCCAAGGGUCAUUAACGUUGGGUUUUAAAAGCAAGUGUAAAACUUCACAUUAUUCUUUGCAUCACAUUCAAUGUGACAUUGUGAUAAGAUUCGUCUAUAAAAGUAAGUUUUUUGGCUGCAUUUGCAUGCAUUAAGCUCAGUACGAUUGCAACCGCUCGUCAAACAAAACUCGACAUCGCAUUGAUUCAAUUCGACACCAAGCCAAGCCUUAAUGAGACCCUACAACACUUGUCCGAAAUGGUGGAGCAAGCCGUUUCAAUGUACCGACCACGGGUGAUUUCACUUCAAGAAGGCUUCAACUACUUUUAUCAAUCCGACAAGAAUGUUUUCGAAAAUGCUGGCGAGCCGAUCAACGGUCCAACUGCUCUGCACAUGUCUGAAUUGGCCAAGCAAUUCAAUAUCUAUUUUAUUGGAGGAAUAGCCGAGACCGACAAUGAAAAACUCUACAGUACAGCUCUUGUGUUUAACCCAAAUGGUGAACUGAUUGCACGUCAUCGCAAGGUCAACUUAUGUGACAUAAAUUUCGAAAGUGGAACUAAACUUGAUGAGGUCAGUGUUUUUACACCAGGCGAUGAUGUCACUUUAUUUAAAAUCGAUGAUAUACAAUGUGGUGUAGCUAUAUGCUGGGAUGCAUGCUAUGAUGAAUUUAUCAAAAUUUACCGCAAGCUGGGAGUCGAAGUUCUGUUCGUUCCAGCUGCUUACGAUAUUCUCAGCGGUGAUAAGUAUUCGCUCCAUAACUACUGGGAAUUCGUCCAUAAGGCUCGAGCAUUCGACAAUCAAAUGUUCGUCGCUGCCAUUUCGGGAGCUCGAAAUGAGAAUGUCAAAGAUUAUGUGCUGUACGGUCAUACUAUGCUCAUUGAUCCACAAGGAAAAAUCCUCAAACAAGCGGGUGUCAAUGAAGAGAUUGUCUUCCAAGAAAUUGAUGUUGCGGUCUUGGUGAAACUGUACAAUGAGUUUCCAACAUUCCGAUUGAGACGCAAAGAUAUUUACGACAAAUACUGUCGCAAAUACUGUUGCGAAAACUGUCGCCUAUUCUGUUCCACCUUUUUUUCGUUUUUGUAAAAGAAGUAUAUUAUUGAAAUAAAGCAUUUUUCAGAACGAAUUGGACAACGGUUCUUGAAAUUUAUCUGAUUUUAUUAAAUCUAUGUUAGAACAAGUAUAAAAAAAUGUCUAAGAAUGUCAAGGAAAAUGUUACUUUAGGUGCGAGAGUAAGAGAAAAGGACUGUGUUAUCUACAUCAAUUGAAUAAAUGUGACACAAUUGUUUAAUCAAUUGAAAUCAAGGUCGAACUAGCGUGAUCGAUGAGAUUGUACAAGUAAACAGCUAUGAAGAAAUAAUAUUAGACGAUAUGCAGUGAAAAUGAAUGAAGGUAGUCUGUACUCAUUUUGUGUGGUCAAGAAUUAUUUGGUUAAUUCCUGUCAUUUCUGAAAUGUGCAAGAUCAUGUACGAUUGAGUGAAAUUUAUUUUGAUGAAUUGUUCUGCAUAAUAAAUUUGAAUGAACAAACCGA